GGGGCGGACGGCGGCCGCGGCGUCUCCGGCGAUAUGUGCGGCGGACGGGGAUGCAUUUGGCUGGUUCUGGCCGCGGCGCUGCUGCACGUGUCCCUGCAAGGCGAGUUCCAGAGGAGGCUGUACAAGGAGCUGGUAAAGAACUACAACCCGCUGGAGAGGCCGGUGGCCAACGACUCGCAGCCGCUCACCGUGUACUUCUCCCUGAGCCUCCUGCAGAUCAUGGAUGUGGAUGAGAAGAACCAAGUUUUAACCACUAACAUUUGGCUGCAAAUGUCUUGGACAGAUCACUAUUUGCAGUGGAACAUGUCCGAGUACCCCGGAGUGAAGAAUGUUCGCUUCCCAGAUGGCCAGAUUUGGAAACCAGACAUUCUCCUCUACAACAGUGCUGAUGAGCGCUUUGAUGCCACAUUCCACACCAAUGUCUUGGUGAAUGCAUCUGGGCAUUGCCAGUACCUUCCUCCAGGCAUAUUCAAGAGCUCCUGCUAUAUUGAUGUGCGCUGGUUCCCUUUUGAUGUGCAGCAGUGCAAGCUGAAGUUUGGGUCCUGGUCCUAUGGAGGGUGGUCCCUGGACCUGCAGAUGCAGGAGGCAGAUAUCAGCAGCUACAUUCCCAAUGGAGAAUGGGAUCUCAUGGGAAUCCCUGGCAAGAGGAAUGAAAAGUUCUAUGAAUGCUGCAAAGAGCCGUACCCAGAUGUCACCUAUACAGUGACCAUGCGCCGCAGGACGCUCUACUAUGGUCUCAACCUGCUCAUCCCCUGUGUGCUCAUCUCGGCCCUGGCUCUGCUGGUGUUCUUGCUCCCUGCAGACUCUGGGGAGAAAAUCUCCCUUGGAAUAACUGUCUUGCUUUCUCUGACUGUCUUCAUGUUGCUUGUGGCUGAGAUCAUGCCUGCCACAUCUGAUUCCGUGCCCUUGAUAGCACAAUACUUCGCCAGCACCAUGAUCAUCGUGGGCCUGUCUGUGGUGGUGACCGUGAUUGUGCUGCGGUAUCAUCACCAUGACCCUGAUGGUGGCAAAAUGCCCAAGUGGACCAGGAUCAUUCUUCUGAACUGGUGUGCAUGGUUCCUGCGGAUGAAGAGGCCUGGGGAGGACAAGGUGCGGCCAGCCUGUCAGCACAAGGCUCGCCGCUGCAGUCUGGCCAGUGUGGAGCUGAGCGCAGGUGCUGGGCCACCCACCAGCAAUGGCAACCUACUCUACAUCGGCUUCCGAGGCCUGGAGGGCAUGCACUGUGCCCCGACUCCAGACUCUGGGGUUGUGUGCGGUCGUCUGGCCUGCUCCCCGACACAUGAUGAGCAUCUCCUUCAUGGUGCCCACCCCUCCGAUGGGGACUCUGACCUGGCCAAGAUCCUGGAGGAGGUCCGCUACAUUGCCAACCGCUUCCGCUGCCAGGAUGAGAGCGAGGUGGUCUGCAGUGAGUGGAAGUUUGCAGCCUGCGUGGUGGACCGCUUGUGCCUCAUGGCCUUUUCGGUCUUCACCAUCAUCUGCACCAUUGGCAUCCUCAUGUCGGCCCCAAACUUCGUGGAGGCUGUCUCCAAAGACUUUGCUUGAUAUUACCACAUAGGACAUACACAGACAGAAGAAGUAUCUGGGAGUUGAGACUUGGAUCCCUAACCCCAUGUCAUGCCAAAUGGAACAACUCUAAAGUAUCUGUGUGGCUAUCACUCUUUAGUCUUAGUUUCCUGGUUACUUUAACGAAAGAGAGUCCAACACCCUUCUGUUUUUUUCUUCUCAUACUUACCGUUGUCAUAUCCUUGUCCUCAGCAGGGGCACCGUGGUCAUUUGCUCCCUCUGCACUGCCCUAUAGGGUAGAUCUCAGUGGUUCUAGUCGGCCAGUAGAGGCCUGUCCAGUCGGUGUUCCGUGCCUGCAUGUCCCUUGUCAUGGGCUCACACACCAGAAUUUACUGUCUGCUUGUGUCAUGCACAGACCCAGGCUGAAACCAAGGCCGAGCAGCACUCAACGGGUCCAUUUCAAAAACUUCCUUGCGAAAGGAAGGCAAACACAAGUUCAGUUCUCUGCCGGCUUUUCUGUGAUUUUUUUUUUUCUUUUGUCUUUUUGCCUUUACUAAUGGCCAACUUUGCAUCAGAGAGAAAGUUGGCCUUCUAGAUGAUGUUUGGAGCAAACUGAUUCCUGUAGAUCUGCACUGUCAAUGAAAUUAGCACCCAGGUUGUAUCACUUCUAAACUAGGACCAGCCCUAGCUAAAGCAUUUGAAAGCUGUGGCCCUGCUCACCAUCUGGAGUAAGAUCUUUCCCGGCAUGUAUCUUUUACAUCCAGUAUCAACAAAUGAUGCACAAAAUUUUUAUUGCUGGUGUUAUUUUUUUUAUUAAAGUAACUGGAAACAAAUAGGUGUGUUUUGGUACCUAAAGACCAGGCUUUGUGUCUUUUUGUUAGUUAAAAUUUGAACCCUACCCUUUGCUUUGACUAUCUGAGUAAUUAAUUAUUGCCAUUUUAAAAAUAAUGGUAGAGACUAGCUGUGCUCAUAGUUCAGAUGUGUAUGGUUCAAAAUCAUCUCCCCCCUUGCUCCCAUUUCCUCCUAGGAACAGUUUUAGAGGAAGAAGGAAAAGGUGGGGACAGAGAGGGAGGAGAGUGUGGAGAGACUUUGCUGUUGUUUUCCUAGAACUCGAGCUUGAAAGGUGCUUUGCGUCUACUGUUUUGUCCUAGAGAGCUUUCCGUAAGGACAUCUAAAGGUCUACCUCAUUCCUCUUAAGAGCUGCUAAAUGUUCCACUCCAUUGGUGGCUUACAAUUUGUUGGAUUAGCCUUUUAGUGGUGAGCACGUAGCUACAGUAUUUCCAGGUUUUAUUUUUAUACACAAGUCUGUGGUUAGCUUUUAGUGCAUACUUUGCCAUAUUCUUUUCUGACCUUAUCUUGGUAUAAAUUCCAGUUUAGAGAUGGAUGUAGGUAGGACUAUGUGCAUUUAGACUUCUGAUAAAUAUUUCCAGAUGGUCCUCUGUGGUCAGUGGGUACCCCCACCCAGAGUACAAUUAAAGGGUCAGAUGCUCAGCUCUCUGGUGUUAAAUAUUUUCCUAUUUAAUUUUUCCCUUCCCAAUCUGACUGGUAAAAAAUGAUAAGGCAACAAUAUUCUGCUUUAAGUUCAUUUAGCCAUGAGCAAGGUUGAAUUUUUCAUAUAUAUUUUGGUAAUUUCAAUUUUAUAUUCUAUCUUUUAUACAAAUUUCAGUUUUUUAUUCUCUUAAUCUUUGUUUGGCAUUGGUUUUUGAUGCUAUUUAUUGAGUGCAUAUAUAUUGGCAUAUAUUAAAACUCUAUGCUGCUAGUUUAUUCAUGGUUUCCAUUGUAGAAUGUAAGAUUGCCCUCUAGAAGGUCUUCCCUGUGUUGAGUUUACAAAUAAAUUUACUCCGUUUUCUUUCUAAACCAGUGUU